GGUUGGUUUUGCUCCACCUCAUCUCCAAAAUCUCUUCAGAAACCAGAAUUUACUAAGGAAAAAAAAAAGCUUAAAGAGAUUGUAAUUGAAACGCUGAAAACAGAAGAAGGCCAUUGUCAAAUUCAAUUGAGAAAGAAGUAACAGUGAAAUUGCAAUAAUAAUUUAGGGAAACAGUGGAAGAAGACAACCCAGUUUUCGUUUUUCUCUGGGAUGGUAGUAUUUCACUGUCUUUCGAGGGAAGAUUGUAGUGUAUUUUCUUAGAUCUUAAGAGAUGGAGAAAGAAGAGAGGAGCCAAAGAGCAUGCAAAACAAUAGAGCCAGAGGUGUUCUUACAGUGGGGGAAUAGAAAGAGGCUAAGAUGUGUGAGAGUUAAAAACCCUCAAAAGAUCUCUCUUAAAUCCAAUACUGUAAUUCGUGGAAGAAUCACUUCUCGGCUCUUAGAUAAAGAAUCCUCCCCUUUUGCUCAAUACACUCAUCGUCUCACUAGGAAUUCAGAAGCAGCUAUACUCCGAUCCGGUACAACGAAAGCGUCGUCCUCAGCUGAGAGGGAAGACAGGUACUACACAACAAGGGGAUCAUCAGCAGUGGGAUUGGUGGAUGAGAAUGGGAAGAUUGCAAUGGAUAGCAUCAAUAAUGGAGAUGAUAAGAAAGGAGGGGUGGUGUGGCCAAAGCUGUAUAUCACAUUGUCAAGCAAAGAAAAAGAAGAGGAUUUCAUGGCAAUGAAAGGGUGUAAACCCCCUCAAAGGCCUAAAAAGAGAGCCAAAAUCAUCCAAAGGAGCUUAUUUCUGGUAAGCCCUGGGGCAUGGUUGACUGAUAUGUGCCAAGAAAGAUAUGAAGUUAGGGAAAAGAAGAGUUCUAAGAAGAGACCAAGGGGAUUGAAGGCCAUGGGGAGUGUGGAAGGUGAUUCAGAUUGAAGAUUACAUGCCAUGCAUCCAUGGCAGCAGAGCAACAGGAGCUUCUUUUUUUUCCUCAGAUUUUUUGCAGUUAAUGGUGGUGUAAAGGUUUGAGAGAGAAAAUAUAGAGAAGUUUAAACAGUCUCUUGCUUGCUGAGGUUUGGUGUAAAGAAGUUGAAAUUUCCAUUUUUAUGAAUGAAAUAAUUUUUCU